GUGAGAGACCCAAACCUGCUUGCAAAGGGCAGGCGGGCUCAUUCCGGGACAAGAGGAAGGUGUUGAGCAACAGUGGAACACAGCCAGCACGAGAGGAGUCGGCUCAGACACCGGGAAGACACAGCCAGAGGCCCCCUGAGAAGCGUUCCCAAGCCUCUGAAGGCUUAUGUGGGAGGGAGACCUGGGGCCCAUGCCCUGUGCCUGACGGAGGUGAGACGAGAUGAGGACUCCGAUUAGACAACAGGAAGGAGUUGGCUUUGAGAAGCACCAGGUGUAAGGUCCAGAUUAGCCGGUGGAUUUCAGGAAGCAUCGGCGGACAGAGCAGCGAGCUGGUCUCAAGAGACCAUCUGCUUUAUCUGAAGACUUCCAGCCGAUAAGCGGGGGAAGCUCAAACACCGUCUUGUCUGAGUCGGGGACUUGAAGUGCACAUUCUUUCCGGGCAGGUGUCCCGGGGGGCAGGAUGGCCCAGGAGCUCAGCGAGAAGGACCUGUUGAAGAUGAACGUUGAACAGCUCAAGAAGGAAGUGAAGAACACAAGAGUUCCGAUUUCCAAGACGGGAAAGGAAAUCAAGGAUUUUGUGGAGGCUGAAGCAGGAAAUGACCCUCUUCUCAAAGGCGUCCCCGAGGACAAGAAUCCCUUCAAGGAGAAAGGCGGUUGUGUGAUAAGCUGACGGCCCUGGGGCCCCCGUGCCCUGAACGUCCGUCCCUCCUCAGCCCCACUCUCCACCAGGACGCGAGUGUCCCCGGACGCCCAGGGAGCCAGGCAGUUUUCACCGUCUCUGGGCCACAACAUGAGUAAAGACACUGGGCCGUGCACUUGGGGGUCCGUUCCCCAACCCCUUCGACUCUCCCCUCCUCCACCUGCUGGGUCACUGCUGGUCCCGCCUGGAGACCCUCUGAGGAGAGCCUCCUUGGCUCAGCAGCUGGCACCUUGUGCGGUGGGGGUCUGAAGAGCGUGCGACACCCUGAGACCCGAGAUGGAAAUCCUUAGAGACAUCUGGGCCACCACAGGGCCGUCCUGUCUUCCCCCCCACUGUCUUCCGCAAACCGGCAUUCCUAUUCAGAGUAGUUUGGGUUGAGGGCCGGAAUGAUGGGUGGGAGGGGGGGAUCCUUCUUCUCCAUCGUGUGUCCGAUCCCUUGGUCCUCCCCCUAGUCACUUUAGAUCGCCCCAGAGGGGCCUGAGGACAAAAAGAGCUUGGCAACUCAUGAUGUCAUGAUUUCUUUCAUAUUCCUUUUUUUAUGUUUAUUUAUUUAUUUAUUUUGGAGAGAGAGAGAGAACAAGCAAGGGA